AUGUUGGUGAUACUUCAUCAGGUAUUAUUAGCAAAUGGCCCCCCUACCAAACACAUCAUUAGAAGCAAUGUUAUCGGAAGCAGCAAGUACCAACUUGAGGAUGACAGCCCAGUUCCCAACAGAGCACCACUGGGGACUCUUUAUGAGGUGGUGGGAUGCGAGGAUGAAUGCACGGAGGGCGGGCCACCUGUGGGAGCGGAAGCAGCCAGCCCCCUCGACCAUGGCUCUGCAAACCAGUUCACUGACGAAAUAGCCAGGGCCCAGGCCCACCUCGCCGGUCGCAAGACAGUCUCGGAGGUCCUAUCCAUUUACUUUGGGUCCCUGACGGCGAGCAGUGGCGGCAAGCACCAAGGUUUGGCUUCAGCAUCGACUGCUGAUGCCACUACUUGUUCAAGCACCAUGCUGUUUACUUCAAUGUCAAACGCUUCUACUUCUGCUGCUACUACUGGCUCUUUUGGUUCUCCAGCAACUUCGACUGGAACAUUUGGUGGCAUAACUUUGGGAUUUGGAUUAAAAUUCCCUGGAGCAGAUGGAGCAGCUCAUACUGCUUCUACUACAGCAUCAACGACGACCACCACCACUGUCACCACCACCACCACUACUACCACAACCACCAGUGGCUUUACCUUGAACCUAAGGUCACUGACAUCAUCUGGGAUUAAUAACAUUGUUCCAGUUGGUAUUAAUUCCCUACCAUUUACUUCGACUGUUAAUGCAAUUGAAACUCCCGUGAUGACAUAUGGUCAGCUGGAGGGUCUGAUAAACAAAUGGGGCCUUGAUUUAGAGGAUCAAGAGAAGUACUUUCUUCACCAGGCCACUCGGGUCAAUGCUUGGGACCAUACACUGACUGAGAAUGGUGAGAAGAUUACUACUUUACAUGGAGAAGUGGAAAAAGUGAAACUGGAUCAGCAGAGGCUGGAACAAGAAUUGGAUUUUAUCCUGUCACAGCAGAAGGAACUGGAAGAUCUCUUGACCCCUUUAGAGGAGUUUGUGAAGGACCAGAGUGGGUCUGCUUAUCUGCAGCAUGCAGAUGAGGAGCAUGGAAAGACUUACAAAUUAGUAGAAAAUAUAGAUGCUCAGCUGAAACGAAUGGCCCAAGAUCUCAAGGAUAUUAUCGAGCACCUGAAUACAUUUGGAAGUCCUGCUGACACUAUUGACCCGCUUCAGCAGAUCUGCAAGAUCCUGAAUGCUCAUAUAGACUCUCUACAGUGGAUUAAUUGGAAUUCAGGCAUGCUGCAAAGGAAAGUAGAAGCGGUAACACGGAUUUUUGAGGAUCAUCAUCGUGCAGAGCAAGAACACAAUAUCAGAAUUGCUUUUGAUUGAAUGACCGUAUCUUCAGCAUGUUGUUUUGGGAUUACACAUUAUCUACAAAUUGUGAUGAUGUGAAAUAGAGUAGUAUUCACAAUUAACUACUUAAUCUUUGGUUGCAAUGAAGUUUGCAUGUGGUUGUUUUUUUUUUUUUUUCCAUUUAAAUACUGUGCUGUUGAGAAUUAAACUGUAGUUUGGCUUUUAGUAUUAGCAAAUCAUAACUGUAUUAGCCCUCUUGGCUCUAGGCAGCAACCUGUUAGAUAUUGACUCCAUGUGUGUAAUUCGUAUCUUAAAUUCUCCUAGAUUCCAUAUUCUAUCAGCAGCACACAUUGUCUUUCUUCCUUUAACUGGAUCAUCGAGAAAUGUUUGCCAAGAAAUAGAUGCCAGCCAGCCUUUACUGGAUGCCUGUUACCUUUCAACAUAUAGUGCUAGAUACUGUAGUCUUUUUCCUCAAAGGAACUGACUGUCUAGUUUGAGAUAUAAUUAAUGCCAUUCUGUAUGAAAACAGUAUAGAUAAUACAAAGAAGUGCGUUAUUAAUUACAGAAAGUGUGCUAUAGAAAUUCAGAGAAAAGGAAACA